CCUGGCUCCGCCCGCAGUCUCCUUUUGCCAUUGGCCUCCUCGAACCUCAGGCAUGCGCGUCCUCUACCACCGUCUUCCUUGACCAUGCAUUGAAAUUGCUGCAACGCCAAGUUGCUCUAAUAAAGCCCCGCUAGCGGUACUUGUCCAGAUCACAUAGCAGAGUUCGUCUGUGGCAUGUUGGCGAAUUCUCAACUCUGCGACGCUCGCUGUUCAACGUCAUGCAUUGUGCUGCGGUGUCCUACUCCUUCCUGGCAUCUCAUUUCUGUCUAUGUACUGCGCACGCAGCGACCCGGAUACGGGCCUACGGAUGUGGCCCAAUCCAAAGACAAGCUGAGCCAAAUGAUUACCGUGGCGUCUUGCUCCUACUCGGCGCCGGUGCCGGAAGUGUGGAGUUUGAACGUUUGAACAGCCACAUGGAGGUACGGGUCUGCGCAAUCGUGGGCUUCAGCCAGUGCAGCUGCAGUGUCACAAAUGAUGGGUCCUCAGUCAGCUCUGCUAAGCUGAACGUUUUGCGUUCACUUACUGAUCGCUACAAGGCAGUCCCUAUUAGGUCGCUGUAUGGCGGGCGUUUCAGGCGGUGCAGUAACAUCUUGGUCGUAGAGCCACCAAAGAGCACAAGUGUUGUGUUUGAUGUCAGUGGUGCGGGGCUGCAGGGAGACAUUGUAGAGAGAUACAGAUACUCUGUCUGGAGUUUUUUUUUUCAUCUUCAGGCGUCCAGUGCAGGGCCCAUGCGAGAACCAGCUGCGUUUCGACCCCACGCAGAUCUUAGCCAGGUCGUAACCGCUGUCGGAAACAUUACCUCUCCUGAUGUCGUACAAACCACUGCCAAUGGAUCUCGGAGGUGAUCUAUAAGGUCACUUCGACAUGUACUACACGCUUCACUCCGCAUGAACUGGAGCUGCUGUCCCAUUAAAGACGCAAUUGAAAGAUGUCUCUAGAGUACGCGUACAAACACGUACACUCGCCGACCUCUUCAACGAUUUGUUCGGUCAGGAUUCUUAGGACUUCCCGACAUGCCGACCUUGACCAA